AUGUGGUCUUUGAUUAUCUGGAUCCUCUGUUUACUCAUCAACUUGGGCCUCCUCGCUAUCGUCUUUUACGCGCUUUUAUGCUUAACGGACUUGGAGGUUGACCAGCUGGAUCCAUUUGUGGCGACGGCUAAUAUCAACAGGUGGAUUCUGCCUGAGUUUGUUUUGCAAGCUGUACUCAGCAUUCUUUUACUCUUGACAGGCCACUGGAUCUUGUUUUUGUUGGCAGUUCCUCUUACUUGCUAUCAUGCAAUGCUGUUUAUUAGACGACAACAUCUUAUUGAUGUCACUGAAGUUUUCAGAAAUCUCAACACUGACAAGAAGCAUAGGAUGAUCAAGCUUGGUGUCUACAUGAUCUUCUUCACAAUUUGCAUAUUUAGAAUUGGUGCAGGCAUCUUAGCACUAUUCAACUCUGAAGAAUUAGAUAUCCACUCAUCUUUUCUUGAGUUCUAG